UGUAGCAGCCAACAUCCAUCCGCACCCGCGUUAUACUCAGUAAUCCAUCUACCUUCACAUAGCUCGGGGUCUGAACGAGCGAGCACCGCCUUCGCACUGUCUGUCGCCAACCAAAAUCGGCCCAGAGAGUUCGCAGCCAUGAGGAUCAUAUUAGCAAUUACUUUGAUAGCGGCCAUUAAUGUGGAGGCGCAAGAUCGGUUCUUGCCGAUGGUGGAACCGGCAAAUCCCAUGGAAGAUCUCAAACUGCGAUGCAAUGCCGAUACCAACCAACUCGUCGUCAGUGCCAAGUUCACGCGUGCGUUCAACGGAUAUCUCUACGCAAAGGGAUUUUACGAGACACGCGGCUGCCGAGCAUUGGGAACGGGAUCUCCGCUGCUGGAGCUAGUCCUUCCCCUGGACGGCUGCGGGACAGUAAAGAGCGGGCCAGGAACAUCUAGAUCGUUUUACAACAACACCGUCAUCAUAAUGAACGAAGCCGAGUGGGGGCUGCUAGGCAUGAUGGACGCCUCCUACUCUGUGUCCUGUCAGUUCGGCGGGGAUUCCGUGCAGCGAUUCGACUGGGGCUUCACAGUACCAAUGUUGACGACGCGCGGUGUUGUCACUGUAACGAGCGAGGCUCCAUCUUGUUCGAUGAAGAUCGUGCAGGGCCAAGAUCCUCUUGCGCAGCCAACGACGCUGCUAUUCCUGGGCGACAUCGCAACGAUGGUGUUCGAAACGCGGGGUGAUGGACGUUACGGCAUCUUCGUGUCGGAGUGCAGGGUUCACGAUGGCACUAGCACAGGUGUCAUCACGCUACUCGACGAUGACGGCUGUCCAGCGCAUCGCAAGCUCAUCGGCCUGACGCGUUACGAUGACAACAGCCUGAUCCGCGGAAGCAGGCUCGCUUAUUCGCACUUCAAGGUUUUCAAGUUUCCCGAUCAAGCGAAUGUGUAUUUUGAAUGCAAAUGCCACGUAUGCUUCGGUGAAUGCACAAAGCCGGCUUGCAGCAAUAUUCCAGGCAGCGGUUUUGCCGGAAAGCGCCGGAGGAGGCAAGCAGAAAAUGAAGCCGAUGUAACUGCUAAUCCUGCAAAUGAUAAAGACAUGACAGUGGAGCUUUAUAACACAAUUACUGUCGUUGUGCCACCUGAACCAAAUGCUAAACCGGACAGCGCACCAAACUCUCUGGCGAGUUCGUUUCAAGACAGACUGGCGGAAUCCGGUGCCGUAGAGAUGAAAAGCUGCCUGUCGCCAGCCUAUCUUAUCAUCGCUGUAGUAACUCUAGGUCUGCUGCUUCUUCUAUUCAUGACGCUAUCCGCACUAUUCUACCACAGGAGCCGCCACCAGCGCAAGGAUAUCGAUGACGUGCAUGAAAGCUCUAUUUACUCAGGCAGCAGGAUAAAUCUUUCAGCUAGAAGUCCGUCGCCUGGCCAUUAUUAAAAUGAGUGCAGCACUGUGCACAUAGUCAAUAUAGGCACAAUCGAACAAUCAAAUAUCAAAACCGUUAAAUCACGAUUUUUGUAGAUCACGUAAAGUGAAUUCACGACCUUUAGUUAUGAGUGCUUAUUUUAUCCAAUUCACGAAAUAGCGUCUACGAAUUUCGAUGGGCUCAAAGAAGCUCUAUAAUUAUUCAACUCCGAAAAUCACAUAUCACAUGGAAAAUAAUUCGCCCCAUACUGGUAUUUGGCUAUUUGCACAGGCCAAGCUUAUUGCAGUUCAUCUACAUAAUGUCUUUGUCAGUUUUCUAUUUAUUUCUAAACACAUACUCGUCCUAAUAAGCUGCCGGUUAAAGGGCUGGUAAAAAUGGUAUGGUAACGGGUGGGGUGGGCGGGAACAUAUACGUGACGGAUUAGGAUGGCGCAUUGCAUAGAAAGCAGUGAAUUUUCUUUGUUAAUUAUAUUUCAUGUUUGCCUUUUAAAAAAGCAACUGUUCGUUAUACGUGUUGAAGUUCGUUUAUUUAUUAUUUAUAUCGCAAACUCCGCCUGUACGUAUGUUCGUUAGUUGGUGCGAAAUAAAUUGUGUAGUAUAUUUGCGAAAUA